UAAUAUCAUAAUAUAACAUGCUAAGACUGAUUUUAAAAAACUCUGUAAAAAGUUUUAAUUUAAUGAAAGUUAUUGGUACACAUCAAUCUACAAACUUUGCGACAAGUACAUUCAAGAGUAAUAACUUCAGUGACACAGGUUAUUGUUCUGAAACCAAGAAACCAAGAUACGCAGAUGAAUUUAUUAGACUUUCAUCGGUACGCUAUAAGCCGGAAAAAGUUUACACAAAACAAUGCCCAGAUUGUAAACCUAUCUGUAAACGUACACAAUUUCAAAGUUGUGACUUAACACUUAAGUGUCCUCACAUGUGUAAUGAGCAACAAUCUACAACUUAAAACAUCUUAACAUAAAAAUAAAUAGUAAUUAACCUGAA